CUGACAAUUCAUCAUCUCCCCCUGUUAGCACGGACAGUUUGUUAUUCUCAGCUCAUCCCAGUCCCGAGGUCAUAAACGAUACGUCGCUGCUACAGAGCAAACAUCGUCAAGUGCCUCGCAUCGCACUGUCGCUUUACAUCUCAAGGUGAAAAUAAAAGACAGGAGUAAAAGAUGAGAGCUCCUUCGAGGCGCUGGCAGCAGGAAGCCGACACCCCCGGCUCACCAGAUCAAGUCAAGGCCAGGGCAGCCUCUCCGAAUGGCUGCUGCUUGCACCCAAAUCCUAAACCCCCCAGACAGCUCCUACGCAGUCUGUUCGCAUGCCCCUAGGUGCCAGCUGUCCUGCAGGAGAGCUUGCUGGGGAUAAAGCGACCGGGGAAGUUUUGGACCAGCAGCCAGGAACCGGGCCGUGCCGCCCGCUUUACAGGGUCACUGGUUCUGCAAAUGCAUCUCGGCUCGACAGCGUGCACGCUGGCCGCCAGCUCCUGCGCCUACCCCGCGGCGAGCUGCUAAGGCAGGCACCGUGCCCCUGCUCACGGCGUGCAGGGGGAGUGCAAGGAAGCCCUCAAACUGCUCCGAGCCCCGACUGUGAAUGCCAGGCUCACAACUUGCUCCCCUACGCUCCAGUGCCCAGCAACAAGCGAGCACAGGAGUCAGGGCUUGUGGGAAUAAAAGGGGGAAAAAAGAGAAAAGAUUUCCCAGUUCUGUAACUGCGUGCUGACAAGCUGGAUUCCAAUUAAGUUCUCUCCUGUGCUCUAAUGCCAGCUUCGCUUUUUUCCAGAAAUUUCCCACCAUUUGAAACAUUAGCUCCUGCCCUUUGUUCCAGGGAUGUGUGCCGCACUUCCCGACACAGCAGCUUCCUCUAAAGGAGUGCUCUUUCUCUCCCCCUUUACCACUUUUGCAGGGACCCCAGUCGCAAGCACGCUGUUGUUAUGCGGAGCUUCGGGCUGCCAAAUCCCUCUCACCUCCCCGAGAGGCUGGUGCUAAUCAGCAUCCUCUAUUCACACCGUGUACACUUGCCAUCCAAAAGUUCCCUUCAUGCAGCCAGGUUUAACAGGCAGCCGGCAGCAGCUAGCGUUAAGGCGCUUCCAACUGCAGCUCUGCGCUGCUCUCAGCGCCAGCUGAAUCAAGCUAGCGAAGGUGCGGGGGGGCGCGGGGUGGUGCAAGGCUCUCCCCUGCCUCGCAUCGCGGGGACGAAGGACUCCUACAGUUGAUUUUUCUCCCCCUCCAUCAGUGGUCUUUAACGCGAUCACAGUAUGCAGCACAAUGCUUUAAAACAGCAAAGCUUCUGGAAAACCCAAACAAAAGGAACGUCACCAGGUGACGUCAGCCUAUAUACAGUCCUGUGUGGUCGCAGCGCAUAAGCAAACCCAUUCUUGUACCGCUUCCCUGAAAAGCUUUUCAGUAAAUGCACUCAUGCUACUCCAGGAGCUUCUCUCAGCAAUAAGCCACCCAUCUGCCAUCAACAAGUUAGGACUAAAGGAACCCACAGCUGCGGAAAAAGAAAACGUGAGCUUCAAUUAAACAGCUGAGCAGCCACAGAGGAAGAAAACUUGUAUUAAGCAUUGAUUUAAAAAUUACAGACCUGUCAGAGGAGAUCAAGCCAGCGAUUUCAAAAGGAAUAUUCCAAGAGAGCAUCGUGGAUUCAAUUUUGCACUAAUAUCAAAGGACCCUAAAAAGCAGUAAAUUAUUCAAAGGCUAUCUUACAUUAGAGCCUUUCACAGACUCACUGCGUUGAGUCUAAAACUACGACUGAAUGCAACCUCCAAUGUACUCAAAAGAAUGGGCUUACAUUUCAAGUGGCCAUUAGGGGCUCGUAUGCUGGCAGCACUAUAUGCAAUGAGUAUGGUUUUAAAAAUGCUGCCUGCCUUGGGCAUGGCUUGUCCACCAAAAUGUCGCUGUGAGAAGCUGCUCUUUUACUGUGACUCUCAGGGGUUUCACUCAGUGCCAAACACCACUGAAAAGGGCUCUCUAGGUUUGUCACUGAGGCACAAUUUUAUUACUGAACUUGAAAGGGAUCAAUUUGCAAGCUUCAGUCAACUUACUUGGCUUCACUUAGAUCAUAAUCAAAUUGCAACAGUCAGAGAAGAUUCUUUUCAAGGACUAUAUAAACUUAAGGAAUUAGUCUUAAGUUCCAACAAAAUCUUUCAUUUGCCAAACACAACUUUUAGCCAGCUGCUUAACCUGCAGAAUUUGGACCUCUCUUUUAAUCAGUUGUCCUCUCUGCACCCCGAGCUGCUCUACGGCCUCCGCAAGCUGCAGACCUUGCAUUUGCGCUCCAACUCCCUGCGGACGAUCCCCGUCCGCCUGUUCUGGGACUGCCGUAGCCUCGAGUUCCUGGAUCUGAGCACAAACCGCUUGCGAAGUUUGGCUCGCAAUGGAUUUGCAGGAUUAAUCAAGCUGAGGGAGCUUCACCUAGAGCACAACCAGCUGACAAAGAUUAAUUUUGCUCAUUUCCUCCGGCUGAGCAGCCUGCACAUGCUCUUCUUGCAGUGGAACAAAAUUAGCAACUUGACGUGUGGGAUGGAGUGGACCUGGGGCACCUUAGAAAAGCUAGAUUUGACUGGAAACGAGAUCAAAGCCAUCGACCUAACAGUUUUUGAAACUAUGCCUAACCUUAAGACCCUGCUCAUGGAUAACAACAAGCUGACCACCCUGGAUUCCAAGAUCCUCAGCUCGCUCCCGUCCCUCACCACCGUGGGCCUCUCGGGCAAUCUGUGGGAGUGCAGCCCCAAGAUCUGCGCCCUGGCCACCUGGCUGAGCGGCUUCCGCGGCCGCUGGGAGCACCCCAUCCUCUGCCACAGCCCCGACCACACCCAGGGAGAGGACAUCCUGGACGCGGUGCACGGCUUUCAGCUUUGCUGGAAUUUAUCGACUGUGGUUACGUCCGCGGCUCCGACCUCCGCGGUCCCCACCACCGAGUACACAAAAAGAAUAAGCUCCUCUAAUUUCCAUAUGGGAGACAAAGAAAUUCCAACCACGGCAGGCAUGGUCGUCACCACCGAAGAACCUUUCCCGGAGCCAAACAAUGCCAUCUUCACUCAAAGGGUAAUUACAGGGACAAUGGCUUUAUUGUUUUCUUUCUUUUUUAUCAUUUUUAUAGUGUUCAUCUCCAGGAAAUGCUGCCCUCCCACAUUAAGAAGAAUUAGGCAGUGCUCAAUGAUUCAAAACCACAGGCAACUCCGAUCCCAAACACGGCUACAUAUGGCAAAUAUGUCAGACCAAGGACCGUAUAAUGAAUACGAACCCACCCACGAAGGACCCUUCAUCAUCAUUAAUGGCUAUGGACAAUGCAAGUGUCAGCAGCUGCCAUACAAAGAAUGUGAAGUAUAAUACCUACAUGCCAUCAAAAAUUAAACCAGAUAAGUAACCUAUUUUAAAAUUGUAGGGGACCUACAUCAGAUUCUAAUUUUUACAAAUGUUGACAUAAAGCCUAAUUUUCCAAACUACUUAAUGGAAGCAUUGUUUAUGGAGUGGUGCAGUAUUUUUAAGUUUUUUUAAAAAAUAAAUCCAUAAUAUUUUCAGUGUUAAAGAAGCAAUGAUUACAUUCAACUUGCACUCCUAAUGUUUAAGAGUCUAAAAAGAUGCUCACCUCAAACUAUGUACAAUGUUUCAUGUUAUGUAAUUAUAUGACUGUGUGUAAACAUUUAUACCGGAGUCUCCAUAUUCUACUUUUUCUAAUGAAAACAGCCCGAGUGGAAGGAGAUUGGGUAUCUGUACAGAGACCUGCAGAGGAACAUACACUGCAUUUGUUUGCCUGCAGCUGUACGAUCCCAAACAUCCCAGCUGGCUCAUCUCACUUUAAAAGACAGACUUGGAGGAAGAUUUUCCUCCUCUGAUCAUUUCCACUCGAGAGUAAAAAGGGGAGAGUGG